AGUUACAAGUCCUGCGUCAAGUCCGUGCGACGCAGAUUUAUCCGUCAAAUUUGGCAUCGUAACGGCGCGUCUUCGUGGAUCGUUCGCGUUGCAAGGUGGAAGGAAGUAGGCGCACUGCUAACUAGCCUUUAGCCACGUUAUUGAAUGAGCCCGAGCCGACUGUAAAUGAAUACUGCGAACUACUUUCUCCGCAGCGUGCACGGGAUCAGCUGCUCCUUUCUGUAACAUUGGCACAAGGAAAACGUUUCAAUUUUUUUACGGAACUUGGGCUCUAAACGAGUGCUGGCUCGCAGAAGCUGGCCAGGAAGUGAAGUUUCUCAGAAGGAAGAUUUUGUUCAUCUGAAACAGGAUGCAGAGCUCUGAAGGGGGGUCAGAUUCGGCGAGCAGCGUGGCGACCCUGCGGACGUCAUCCUCGGCUCAGGCUCCGGUCGUUCAGCCUGUGCCGGCCUCACAGCAGAGGGUGCUGGUUCAAGCCACAGGCUCAGCUCAGAAGGGAGGAGCACAGCAGCACAGCAGAGCUCCACAGCAGGUUCAACAAGUGCAGCAUGUGUACCCAUCUCAGUAUGUGGGAGAAGGUGGAGAGUCUGUUUACACCAAUGGGACAAUCCGCACAGCCUACUCCUACAACCCUGACUCACAGCUGUAUGGCCAGAGUACCGGCCCGUACUUUGACACUCAGGCGGGUGGAGCCCACGUGACCACGGUGGUGUCGUCCUCGGGCGCGGGUGGGGUGCCCUCUCACGGCAUGGUGGGCAUCGCCAUGGAUGUGGGCAGCAGCCACAUCAUCUCCAGCGGCAGCACCUACCUGAUCCACGGGGGCAUGGAGGGCGGCCGCAACCACCUGUCCCACUCCUCUCGCUCCUCCUCGGCCAUGCUUGAAAUGGCGAUUGAAAACCUCCAAAAGUCUGAAGGAAUUGCAAGUCACAAAAGCAGCCUGCUCAACAGCCAUCUGCAGUGGCUUUUGGACAACUAUGAGACGGCGGAGGGGGUGAGCCUGCCUCGCUGCUCCCUGUACAACCAUUACCUCCGUCACUGUCAGGAGCAGAAGCUGGACCCUGUCAACGCCGCGUCCUUUGGGAAACUCAUCCGUUCCGUAUUCAUGGGGCUCCGAACGCGCAGAUUGGGCACCAGAGGAAACUCCAAGUAUCACUACUACGGGAUCCGGGUGAAGCCAGAUUCUCCGCUUAAUCGUCUGCAGGAGGACACUCAGUACAUGGCAAUGAGGCAGCAACCUGUCCACCAGAAACAGAGAUUCAAGCCUCUGCAGAAGGUGGAUGGGAUGUCUGACAGUCUGUGUGGGAGCUCACAGCACUGCAGCAGCACUCCAGAGCAGUCUGUGGCCGCGCAGAGCCAGCAUCACCAGCAGUACAUCGACACUUCUCACACGUUGCCUCCGUUUCCUUCUCCUGACCUGGACUCUCAGCCCCUCCCAGAGCGCAUCAACAUGAGUGAUAUCAAGAAACUGCAAAAGCUUUACAGAGACCACUGCGAGGCCACUCUGGAUGUGGUGAUGAACCUCCAGUUUCACUACAUUGAGAAACUCUGGCAGACAUUUUGGUAUGCAACAUCGCCCUCUAGUGACGGGAGCACCGGUGUUAGUGAGGAUGACCCAGAGGGCAUGAUCCCGAGGGACAAACUGGUGUCUCUGUGUAAAUUUGAGCCUGUGCGUGUGUGGAUGAGGAGCUGUGACCACGUCCUGUACCAGGCUCUGGUGGAGAUCCUCAUCCCCGAUGUGCUGCGCCCUGUGCCCAGUACUCUCACUCAGGCCAUCCGAAACUUUGCCAAGAGUCUUGAAGGCUGGCUGACCACCGCCAUGACCAGUUUUCCUCAUGAAAUAAUCCGCACAAAGGUUGCCGUGGUGAGUGCCUUUGCUCAGACUUUGAGGCGUUACACCAGUUUAAACCAUUUGGCUCAAGCUGCUCGCGCCGUCCUGCAGAACACCUCCCAGAUCAACCAGAUGCUCUCCGACCUCAACAGAGUCGACUUCGCUAAUGUCCAGGAGCAGGCGUCGUGGGUGUGUCAGUGCGAUGAGGCGGUGGUGAAGCGUCUGGAGCAGGACUUUAAAGUGACGCUGCAGCAGCAGAGCUCUCUGGACCAAUGGGCCUCGUGGCUGGAUAAUGUGGUCACUCAGGUCCUCAAGCCUCACCAGGGCAGCCCCAGCUUCCCCAAAGCCGCUCGACAGUUUCUGCUCAAGUGGUCCUUCUACAGUUCGAUGGUGAUCCGGGACCUGACUCUCCGCAGCGCCGCAAGCUUCGGCUCCUUCCACCUGAUCCGCCUCCUGUACGACGAGUACAUGUUCUACCUGGUGGAGCAUCGUGUUGCCCAGGCGACCGGGGAGACGCCCAUUGCCGUCAUGGGAGAGUUCAGUGACCUAAGCUUGAUGAUGCCCUCCCUACUGGAAAAAGAUGCAUCUUUCUCCGAUGAGAUGAGUGACAUGGGCAGUGACGCUGACACCUCCCGAGGUCCCACCGAACCGGCCGUGAAACGAGAGAGAAUCGAACUCACCCACCCAAUGCAGGAGAUGUGAGCCUGCACCCAAUAAUCUGCACCCACCCAGCCCCCUGCACCCAUCACUUCUGCACCCACCCCCUCUCCGCACCCACCCAACCCAAAACCUGACCACAAACCUGGGCUCUCCUCUUGUCCCUCUGCCUCUGUAAUGUACAUAGAGAAGAGGGCAACUAUGUCAAACCUCCCCUUUGAAUAACUUUUCUACUCACAGAGGGAGUCGUCAUUAUUUUUGUUAACUGUGAAUGAGUUUGUGCAGUUACUUUCUUGUUCGGAGCGUGUGUCUCGUGUGUACAUCUACAUAGCCGUGCCAUAGAGUCAUUGGGAGUGCCUUAGAUACUUAAACCACCACUAUAACAGAUGUCUAUGACCUAUGACCUUUGACCCCUCAGCUGUGCCUCUACCGCGGUAUGAAUGUAUCAGAUUUAAACCUCAAAAAUGUUGGAACGAGCACCUUUUUCUAUGGAUUAGGUGUGGGGUGUAAUAUCGCAGCUAAAACUAGAGCCAUGCAGUCUAUAACUCACCCAAAGGACCUCUGCCUCUCUCCUCUGGUCAGGUUUACACUGGUGCAGCACUGGGAAGGUAACUGUACUUCAGCUGUACUUCAAUACAAGCUGGAGUGUACUACAUGUUACUGCAGAAGAUGUAAUAUUGUUAAAUGGUUAAAUAUAUUGUAAUUGUCCUUGGGAAUGCACAUCUAAUCUGAUUCUUGAAAAUAAUACACAAAGUUUUUAAGGUGCACCGUGUCAUAUUUCUAGUUGAAGGUUGAGUGCUGCUCGUCUUCAUAGAAAUGUUACUGCUUUGUUUAGAAUGUUCCACAGUAUGGAUUAAACCUAUCUAUCAUGAGGGAGAUACACAGGUUACAGCACUACACUACAUUACAAUUCAGAUCUGUGGAGAGGAGCCCCUAUUCACAGAAGGAAUUAUUGUAUUUUUGUGCAAUAGAAACAUUCAUAUCAGUUUAAUGUCAUACCAUGGAACAUUCCAGGCAAAGGAGUAGCAUCUCCAUGGAGACUACCAUAUUAUUCAAACUAUAAGUCGCUCUGGAGUGUAAGUCGCACCAGACGAAAAAUGUGUAAGAAGAAGGGAAAUUUAUUUUAUAAAAUCAGAGACCAGGAACCGACAUUUCAUCUUGAAAAUCAAGUUCUAGUAAUAACAAUAGAACAGAGAACAACAGGCUGUUAAUGUCACAUAUGAACAGUUCUUCAGAUAAAUAUAACAUAAACAACAGAACAGAACAAGUUUACCAAACUCUCCAUCUCACUCCAAAUCACUAAAUCCAUUCAAUUCUUCAUCCUCCGUGUCACUUCUGAGCGACUCCGCGACUUUCGGAGGUAAAUGGAGCACCACUUCCUCUUCUGUGUAGCUGUUGUCAGACUCAGCAUCAGUAUCAGUUAAAAUUAUUCUGGCCUUUCUGAAUCCUGACAGGCUGGUUUCAGUUGUCUUUAUGUUUGUUUAAAUUUUAAAUUGUCAGUGAUACAGAAGUAACGGUGCAAUUAACUCAUGAUCCCAGACAGGACAGUGGCUUUUUCUCUUUCUUCUGUAACUGACAUGCGCAGUAGAGUGCAAAGUGACAGUGGUACAGGAGUACACAAGCCUAGAGCGCCCUAUUGCGACUGUCAGUGUGAACAUUUUAACAUAUAAGUCUCAGGACCAUCCAAACCAUGACAAAAAGUGCGACUUAUAGUUCGAAAAAUAUGGUAGUAGGUAGGGGACCCUCCACCAAAAAAGUUGCGCAGUGCACCUUUAACUAAGAUUGCUAUUUGUCAGAAAAUUACAGUUUUGUACCAGAUAUACCAUUUUAAAGAAAUAAAGCUAUUCAAAUUAAUGCAUGACAAGACUUCACUUGGACCCAGAAAACUUCACUACAUAUUUAUGCCUUGAAUUUAUAUGUGUAACUUCUGGUUUCUGGUAGUGUGUUUGCCACCGUCUCGUCUCUGUGUGAUGCGAGUGUGUUGCUUUCAAUAUUCCACAGUAUGGCAUUAAACUCAUCCAGCUUGCAUUUAUUUAAUUACAGGUCAAUUACAAAAAAAGACCUGUAUAAACACGCAUACUUACCUCUCUACAGACCUAACCUUGGUUUAUGAGAUACUGUGGAAUAUUCCAGGCAAAACAACAACCUCUCCAUGGAGACGAGUCAGUGGCUAAUCCUUCACUAGAAAAGUUACAUAGUGCUUCUUUAAUUGGUUUACUAAGUCAGUUAAUAGAGCCACUAUGUCUUAAGAAUUGCGAGAUAGAGCUAAGGUUACUGCAAAACUGUACACAGUAAUAUCCAGUUAUGUUUCAGUACACUCUUUGCUUCAGUAAUUAGGAGUUACCUCAGCUUUGCCCUUAUUUGGUAUCACUUUCUCCCUAUAAAAAUACAUCUACAUGCUCUACUGACCUUACCCACAAUGCACCGCUCCAGUGGAAACCUGCUCAGAACUGCAGUCUGUUGCUUGGACCCUGUUAGACAUCAGUGCUUAUAAUACCUCAAUGGAUUUCUAUGCUGUGCUCCUUUAGCUCAAAUGACAUUAGGCGAGUGUUGAAAAUGUAGCCAUUGGAAAAGUUUGGAAAAAGUCCUUUGUUUUUGGUGUAAAUAGUUUUCAAAAACUCAAUUCAGCAAAACUAUCAAAUCUUUAUUAUAAACAGUACAAGUGUAGCAGUAACGUCUUUGAUUACAUGAGAUCUUUAAACUGGAAAAUAAGCCUUUAAAUGGUCAAAUAUUUCAAACGCACUAAUGUAAGAGCUUUCUAUAGGUGACAACCAAAAACUGCUUGGUUACUUGGUUCUAGUCUAGAGGUGGGAGAUAUACGCAUAAAUGUUUUGGAGAUAUAAAAAAAUUGAAUAUUGAGACUUUGCAGCACGUAUGUUUACUGCAGAAUGUUCAGUAGUUGCCAUGGUGACCAAAUGCGCACAUUAGUAAACGCAGCCUGAUGUGUUUGUGGAUCAAAUUUCAGAUAAGAUUGAGAACAAAUAAAAAAAUGUAUUCAAACAACACAUUUUUAAGGAGUUUGAAGCGUUAAGUCUCAUUUAGGAGUUUGAUUUUCCACAAUAAAGGUGAGAGUGACUAAACUGUCUAUCUAAAAUCUAGGUCUUAAACUGUUAUUUCUGAUCAGAUUGUGUUAAAACAAAGCCCAGAUUAAAGUCUAACUUGAGUUAAAAAAAAAAAGCCUUUGACAGAGCAGUGCCUACAGUUAGCAUUCAACCCCGAAAGAAUGUUGAUAACAUCAGUUGCAAAGUAUCAGCUUUAUGUUUUUAUAAAUAUAAAAUCUAUUGAAAAUGCUGCACACUUUGAAAUAAGAAUAUAAACUGACAUUUCUGCACCUUUUUUGGUCAAUUUUAUGGUCCGUUUACAUUUUGUGCAUUAAUUAAACCUGAGCUACAAAAUUUCCAGGAUUUUUAGCACAUUUUUCCUAUAAUAUUGUCAUUGUCAUUUGCGAUUGUGCAAAUAAAUAAAUAAAUAAAUUAAUUAAUUUAAAAAAAUCAUUGAUCAUAUCUCCCACCUCUAUUCCAGGUUUUAUAUUUAAAAAGACAAAGUAUGUGUGUUACCUUGUCUGCAAUCUUCACAUCUGCAAAGAGUGGAUGUGGUUUAUCUGUCCAUUAAAACAAAUAUAACUAUAAAAUCUAUCUUUAUAUGAAACGUAGAAUGUGUUUGUGGCCUGAUUUAUUAUUAUUUUUUUCUGUUGUCAGAAAUGGAAAUGAAUUGUAAUUGAUUAUAGACUGAUACGAACCAAUCAGCUGUUUGAUGUAUGAGAAUAUUCUUGGAUUUAAAACAAAAACUGAGAAUUUGUAUUUAUAAAAAGCAACUUAAAAUAUCUAAAUUGGUUCAACUAAUUUCUGUCUGAUCCCGUUUUUUGUUUUAGCUAUGAAAUAACCUUGUUUUAUAUCUCGUAAAGCGUGCCUGGCUGUCACAGUAAUCUGCCUUCUUUGGAUACAGUACUUUCUAUGUGUACUACUCGUUUUGUAAAGCUGUCUAGAAUUUUGAAUAUUUUUUAUUAUAGGUUUUUGGUUCUUACAAGUAUAGUUAUUUUUGUGCAUUUUUGGAUUACACUCUAGGCUAAAGAGGGACGACAUGUACGUUUAAAUAAAUGCAUAGUUAAGCUGUAUUUUGUACUUCGUCAUGUAAUAAACUGUAAACCAAAAAGUGUGAGUUGUUUUUAUUUAUUUUUAUUAUUUAUCAAACAAAAACUUCACA